CAUAACUCCCAAACACACCCUCCCACUCACAAACUAACUAACAUGCGCACGAUUGAACAAUAUCGUCCUUCUCCCGUUUGCUAUAAUGAGCACAAGUGCCUGAUUCGCCCGCUUACUUAGCCUGAUUUCUCCUUCUUCGAGCCCUUUAGAAAAAAGGAACCGUCUUUUCACUGAGCUCUCUCCUCUCUUCUCUUGUUUCAGAUUUCUUUAGCUGAGAUUGUAAGUUUAUUUUCUCUUCCGAGUGAUGCAGAGUACACUGAGAUCAAUUAUUGACAAGAACCAAUGUCUUCUGACAUAAGCUAAACUCUCUUCUUACAACAACCCCUCUUUCUCUCUCUUCUUCUUGUAAAGUUUUGAACUUUAGUUCGUGAACUAUAUGGAAGCUCAAGGCAACAGAUCUAUCUCGCUGGUUCAGUUUCCAAGUGUUUGAAAGUCAGGUUCUUUGGUGUUUUUGCGGGUUGUUAAACUAGAUUCCUUUUUGGGGGGAAAGGAAAGGAAUGGGGAAGAGGCAAAUCUCACAGGAUGAAGUAGGUCCAUCGGAGAUAAAUCCAAGAGCUGGAUUGCGAAGAGAACAAGCUGGAAGAGGUUCAUACAGGGGUAGUUAGUCACUUUGUAGUUCAUCCAACUUGAAGAAAGGUUUCUCUUUUUUUUUUUUUUUAAUUUUUGUAUUUGGGAGAAGAAAGUGUUACACAAAGACUGUUUUUUUUUUUUGCUACUUAUAAACAAUCAAGGGAAAGGGUUUUGUGUUUUUAUUUGUCUGGAGAGUUCUCAUCUCUCUCUCUCUCUCUCUUGAGCCGGACAUUAUUUGUCUAAAGGUUUUUGCCCUUUAGAAUGGGUUCUACUUCUCAUGAGAUACUGAGGAGUCUUUGCUCUAACACGGAGUGGAAGUAUGGUGUGUUCUGGAAACUUAACCAUCGCUCUCGAAUGGUACUUACCUUGGAGGAUGCUUACUAUGACAAUCAUGGGCACAAUAACUCACCAAAAAACAUGCAUAACGACCCACUGGGUUUGGCUCUGGCGAAGAUGGCUUAUCAUGUCUAUUCUCUAGGGGAAGGGAUUGUAGGACAUGUUGCGGUUUCUGGAGAACAUCAAUGGGUGUUCCCUGAAUAUUAUGACAACUGGUACUCAGCAUCUGAGUUUCAUAACGUUUGGGAGAGUCAAAUAUCUGCUGGAAUAAAGACCAUUCUUGUAGUACCUGUUGGUCCCUGUGGUGUUGUGCAGCUAGGCUCUUUGCUUAAAGUUGAUGAAGAUGUGACAUUGGUGAAUCAUAUCAAACACAUGUUUUUACUCAAGGAUCCACUGGCAGAUCAUGCAGCAAAUAUAAUGCAGUGUAAUAUGUUGCAGCCAAAAUUACCUUCUGAAUAUUUACAUGCUGAGGCUUUCCCUAAUUGCUCUGGAGAAGUUGGCAAAGCCAUGGACGUUGAAGAGUCGAGUUUUCUAACUCAAUAUCCUAAUUUAUAUCCGUAUUUGAAGAAUCAUGCGCUCAACAACACAAGCUCAGUUGAGACUGAAAGAUUGAUAACAGAUCAGUCAUAUCCAGGCCUGGACUCAACUUUUCAUACUUUAUCGACUGAUAAAGAAGAAGCUGAGCGUGUUCCGGAGAGGAGAUGUGAGUCAAGUCGAUUGGAUGCUUUGAUCUCAUCUGGAUAUAAUUUUCCUGGCAGCGAGCUGCUAGAGGCAUUAGGCUCUGGUUUCAAGCAACAGAGCAGGGGUCUCGAGGAGCUAGUGAAGUCUGAACACAGUUCAGCAACAAUAAGACCAACAGAUGAUAACAUGAGUCACAGCCAGCUUACGUUUGACUCUGCCCCUGAGAAUCUUCUAGAUGCCGUGGUUGCUAGUGUUGUUUGCCACAGCGAUGGCAAUGCCAGGGAUGAUAUCUUCUCGAGCAGAUCUGUACAGUCAUUUCUCACCAGCAUGGAACCCUCGGGUCACAACAAUCAUAUUGUUGAUAGAGCAAUGAAUCAGCUGCCACUAGCAGAGGUGGAUACUCAACAGAAUCCAUCAGAUAUCUGUGGAGCAUUUUCUUCCAUUGGGUUCUCAUCCACGUGUCCCAGCUCCUCUAGUGAUCAUUUCCAGACGUCCCUGGAGAUGAUGCCUAAGAAGAACAAAAAGAGGGCUAAACCUGGAGAAAGCUCUCGUCCUCGCCCAAGAGACAGGCAGCUCAUUCAGGAUCGUAUCAAGGAACUUCGAGAACUUGUGCCUAAUGGAUCAAAGUGCAGUAUUGAUUCUUUGCUGGAACGCACGAUCAAGCACAUGCUCUUUUUGCAGAAUGUUACUAAGCAUGCUGACAAGCUCAGUAAAAGUGCUAAUUCAAAGAUGCAACAAAAGGAAACUGGAGCGCAGGGUUCAACGUGCGCAGUGGAGGUUGGAGGCCAUCUUCAAGUGUGCUCUAUAAUCGUGGAGAAUCUGAACAAGCAUGGGAUGGUGCUUAUCGAGAUGUUAUGUGAAGAAUGUAGCCAUUUUCUUGAGAUAUCAAAUGUGAUCAAGAGCUUGGACCUUACCAUCCUGAGAGGCAUCACCGAGGCUCAGGGCGAUAAAACAUGGAUAUGCUUUGUAGUUGAGAGCCAAAGCAACAAAGUGAUGCAGAGGAUGGACAUUUUGUGGUCUUUGGUGCAAAUAUUUCAGCCAAAGGCCAAUGGGAAGCGGUAGCAGCAAGCAGCGCUGGGUACUUGGUUGCAAGACUUUGCGUUUAGAUGAGAGGAAAAAAAAAACAGAAAAUCAUGUGUGCUUGUAUAGUGUUGUUGCGACUCUGGAAUACUUGUUUGGAUUUUUAGGUAUAAAAAUUAGCUGCUCUCAGUGUGCAUUUUGGAGUUUUUAGUGUGUUUAUUAUGAAAUUUCAUGUUGUUUGCUUUGGAGUUUGGAUACACAGUAAAAUAUUAUUAUAAAUUAAAUCCCGUUAAUUUUGCAUUA